AGACUUUCCUAUUCUAGAGACGCCUCCGAACGAUAGCCAGGACCCCUUGCGGAGGCAGGAGCCAGGUUCUCCCUUCGGACCCUCUUCUGAAGAAGAUGACUCCAGACCGGCCUCUGCUUGCCGUGCAGGAGGCCCUGAGAAAGUGCUUUCCGGUGGUGGAGGAGCAGCAGGGCCUGUGGCAGAGCGCCGUGCGGGACUGCCAGCCUCUGCUGGCCUCCCUCGGCAGCCUGGCGGAGCAGCUGCAGGCCGCGCACAGCCUGCGCUGGGAGGAGCUGCCGGCGCUCCGGGCCUUCCCCGACUUGAAGGAGCGGCUGAGACGCAAGCAGCUGGCGGCCGGUGAUGCAGUUCUGGACCAGCUCGGGGAGAAGCUAGCCACCCUCCUCAAGGUGCGGGACACAGUCAGCAGGCAAGUGGAGCGAGUGUUUCAGAUCUAUGAGCAACACGCAGAUAUAGUUGGCAUUGAUGUUGUCCUGCAGCCUUCAGCUGUAAGCCCCUCUGUGGCUGACAUGUUGGAAUGGUUGCAAGAUAUUGAGAGACACUAUCGAAGUUCGUACCUGAAGAGAAAGUACCUCCUUUCCUCGAUCCAGUGGGGAGACUUGGCAAACAUUCAAGCUUUGCCAAAGGCCUGGGACCGAAUUUCAAAAGAUGAACACCAAGACCUUGUACGAGAUAUCUUGUUGAAUGUUUCUUUCUUCCUGGAAGAAUAAGGAAGCUGUAUGUUUAUCUGGAGACCAGGGGC